UCUCUCCCUCUCGCUCUCUAUCACCGCCUUUCAAAUCUUUAAAAGCCGCUGCUUGCCGUUUCUCACUCGUUCUCGGUUUGUAUCCUCUGGCAUUGCAGGGGACUCCCGGCUCUCAGCCUCACUAAGCUGAAAAACGAGCAAAGAAACAGAGAGGGCAAAGAGAAACAGACUUCCAGAAAUAGCAUCAGCCACGUACGGCACAACCGAGCAUGGGGAACCUGAGACCCAGACGCAAGAUGUCCUUCCUUUCCAACUUGACGCCCGUUGUCCUGUUGCUGAUCAUCCACUGUGGAUCCUGGUCUUUGGCGGGUCGCUUGGGCCCCAACAAAAACUGCCUGACCUGCAAAGAUGGGCACCCCUUGGGUGCGGGCCGGACCUCCAGGGACCCGGCUGGGGCGCCCAGCACAAUCGUGUUGGCAUUGGGGGAGCCCUGUGGGGUUUACACCCUGAGCUGUGCCAAGGGGCUUCGCUGUGUACCCCCUCCACGUGAACACAGCCCCCUUCAGGCUCUGCUGCAGGGCAGAGGCUUCUGCACCAAACAGAGCAGAACGAGUCCCACCAAGAGGCCCCACCCCACAGGGCCACAUCCUUCGAAUAGUGGUGAAAUAGAAAAGGCUCCCUGUUGUAAGCUGCUCAACACUGUCUUGCGGGGUCUCGAACUCACCAUUUUCCAGUCGGAUCGGGACAUCUACAUCCCGAACUGUGACACUCGUGGUUUCUACAGGAAAAAGCAGUGUCGGUCCUCUAAGGGCAUGCAGCGUGGCCACUGCUGGUGCGUCGACGAGAUGGGCAACACCGUUCCAUCACGUGCCGGGGAGGAUGGCAUUUUACCAUGUGAUGGAGAGUGAGGGAAGCGACAGCCCCACAGCUCUGAGCCUGGAGGAGGAGGAGGGGUACAGGGAGAGGGGAUGACUUCAGCUUGGUGCAAGACACUGCCUGACCAGGACACUCCAGGGAUAAACCACUUGACAUGGGAAUGGGCCCUCACUCAGAACAUCCAGACCACGUUCACUGCCAUAAACUCGAAUAAACAGCAUCAGAACACUAAUGACCACUACACCACAUGAGCUUAAGUUGGGAUAGAUCAGCUGUUACAGAGAGCUAUUUAAUUCCUGUACUCCUUUUUUGUUCAUAUGACACUCUGACCGCAAACGCACGUCGUGGAUUAUUUGUACAUAAGUGAGGUUAUUGUGGUUGGUCGUGUCAUGAGGUGGAAUAUUCUUGA